CGUCGCCGGCACCGUCGUCCAAGACACCUACGUCGACGACCGCACCCGACGCGCAUCAGGCGCACAGAUACAAACAUGAACACGCCUGGCCCAAGAAACGUCCGAUGGAACCUCCAGGACCCCGCAAGCGCGCUGAACUCGCCGGCAUCCAAUACAUCAACAGAGUUCGUCUCAACGUCCAGCCUGCAGUACAUCAACUCCCAGCUCAUCGCUCAUGGAUUUACUGCCCCGCCGGGACUGUCGCUGGACGGCGUCGCGUCGGCGGAUAUGGAGAAGGCCGUGAAGUGCCUCCUGGCGAUGCUCAGCCAACGAGUGGAUGACAUGUCGCGAACGGAGACACUAUCGACGAAGUUACGAACUUUGACCUACGAUCAUGAGCGGCUCAAGUCGAUGUACGACGCCGCAGAAGAGAGGGCCGCCAACGCCGAGCGGGAGAUGAACACCUACAAGUCGCGUCUGGCCAACGCCAACAAAGCCCUCCACUCAUCCGAGGCCGCGCACAAGCACACCACCACCGAGCUCCAGCGCACGCGCAGCAGCCUCCAGUCCAUCCGCACCCUGCACCAGAACGAGCUGAAGAAGAAGGACAAGGAGAUCGACCGCAUGGCGGACAAGUGGGCGAAGCUCGCAGAGGCGCAGAGCAAGCUGGCGAGCACCGCGCCCAGCGGGAUGCGCUGCCUGAACGGUGGCCUGGCGGACGCGGGGAUGGUCGCGAGCUCGAGCCAGACGUUCUUGGAGGCGUCGUUGGAGGAGUCGGAGAGGGCGCGGAUGGAGAUUAUUGAGGAGAACAAGCAUGUGAAGGGGCUGGUGGUGACCGCGGUGAAUGGGAUGCAGGAGAUCGUGCAUGAGACGAGGGAAGAUGGGGGCAAGGAUGAGUGGACCCCUGCAACGGUCAUAUCCCUUUUCCCCAUAUCACCUGCGUCGGCUGCCAAGGACGCGAUCCUGGACUCGCUCGAUGACCUGCGCGCGACUAUCGCGCAUCUCAUGCCCUCCGAUGACCCUACCGAAUCCACGUCAUCCAAGCCCACCCCAUCGACGUCUGCCAAGGUUCCACCCGAAGAGGUCGGGCGCUUGCAAGACACCAUCAAGAAAUUACAAGCUCAAAUAGCCGACGCUCGAAAGGACCAGUCCAUUACGCGAGCCGUAGACCGGUACGAUACGCGAGCCGUGAAGCAGUCCGAAAAGGACGCCGAGCGGGAGCUCCGCUCCAACCUCGACGACGAGCGAAAGAAGAUAGCCGAAGCAACCCUCGAGCUCGAGAAAGAGAAGGCUGCGAUGGUGGCGGAGAAGCGCAAGAUUGAGCAGGAGGAGGAGAAGAAGAAGCGCAAGCUGGCGGACACGACACGCAAGUCGGCAGACAAGACAGGUAAGUCGGCGGACAAGAAGCGCGAGCACAAGGUUGUGUCGGAGCCCCCACCGCCGCCCGAUGAGGAGGCAUGGCGGACGCCCGAUGAUGAGGACAUGGCAGACGAGCCGAAGGCAGACGCGGAGAUGGCGGACGAGCAGGAUGCAGAGGAGCCAGAUGCGGACGCGGAUGAAGACGCAGACGUAGGCAUGUCCAUCCUCGCACACGUUCCCGCCGCGUCGCCGUCGCUGUCCUUGUACGGCUCCCCGCGUAGGUCUCCCGCGAAGCUGUUCCCGUCGCCAGGAAAGCUGUUCCCCUCGCCAGCCAAGAUACACACCACGGGCAGCCCGCGGAAGGUGUCAUCUGGGUCGCGCAAGGUCUCUGCACACAAGCUAGCGAAGCUUGGGAAGGCUGGUAGCCCCCGCAAGAUCUCGAAGGGGAGUCCGCGGAAGGCAUCGAAGGCGAAGCGCGGACUGAUGCCCUCGACACGCAUCGAGCCCGCAUACGAGACGGAGGUUCUACCGCAUAUGGCGGGCGGGGCGAUGGAGGUGGAUGAGGAGGGGGAGGAACAACUUGGGGAUGCGAUUGGAAGCAAGCAUCGAGCGAAGUCGGCUGGCAGUGAAGGGAAGGAUGUGUUUGACGGGAAGGCUGGUCCUGGCGAGGACAAGCCCGUUCGCGAGAAAUCGGCGGGCUUGCUGCCGACCUUCGUUCUUCCACCACCGUCCCCAAGGACGUCGCUCCCGCCGCAGCCGGCGUUGCCGCCGAUGGCCUUCCCACCGUUGAACCUACCGUCGCUCUCUGCCGCACCGACACCCAGUGCGCCUAUUGCUGCACCGUCAUCUGCACCGUUGUCCACUCUUCCUCCGCGUACGCCUAGUCGAGGCUACCCUGUCGCCAAACCACUGGCGUCGCGCAUGAUCCACGCAUACUCGCCCGCCCAACCAAGUCCGCUCAGCCGCAUCCUCAUGCUCGGCAACUCCCCAGGGUCGGACGGCGACUCGAGACCACCCAUCUCCGCGCUCGACCCGCUUCGAGAAGAGGACGAGCACGCGAUGGACGAGGAGGAAGACGGGCGAGGUGUGAUUGACGACGACGAUAACCCGUUCUCGCCGAUGGUCACCAGGAAGCCGAUGUCGCUAGCAGAAGAACUCGGCGUGACCCUCUCGCCGCCGAGUCCUCCGCCUGCCCCCGCACCGACGCGGGAUGCGAAGGGGAAGGGGCGCGCUGUGGUGCCGCCUUCGUUAGCGGGCAAUAAGCGCCCGCUGGACAAGGAGAACGCAGGCGACAAGGCCAAGAAGAAAAAGAAGGAGAGCAGGAAGGAUAAGGACAAGGACAAGGAUGGGGAGAAGGCGAUGGCGCCGACUGCGAAAGCGAAGGCGGGGGCGUCUUCAACAUCGAAGUCAUCCGGCAGGGAGACUCGGUCAUCAUCGAGCAAGAUGGCUGCCGCAGGCUCUUCAAGGGCAGGCUCGUCAAGAGAGACGAGGAGUAAGGCGAGUUCGCCACCACCCAAACUACGGGUGACAGGUGCUGGGGGUGGGCCAAGGAGAGUACCCAUCGACAGCGCGGAGGCGCCGAAGUUGAGGCCGAGGAAGGCCUGAGGUCGGCGUCAGAUUAUGGUAUGGCAUGUACAGCUAGCUGUAAAGUACUAUGCGGUCCGAUUUUUGUAUACCCAUGCGUUAUUCUACUCGUA